CGUUAUCUCCUCGCACCAAUGCUCGAUCCCCAGCCGUUAGCGACCGGAAACUGGCGCAUGCACUGGACUAACCCCAAAAUCAUCCCAACCGAACAUCGCGGAUCAAUGAAUCUCAAUAGCGGAUUCUGCAGCCCACCGACAGCAUGAUCGCGCAUUGUGAAAUCUGGAGAUAAGAGCUUCAUGGUUCUGCUUAUAAAGACCUCCUCACCCUCCAAAGUCUUACCCAUUUCCAACCACCCAGCCUAGUGGCAUCACUCCACGGCUGAAUCAUGUCUGCGGCGCAGACGCAGAGUGACCGGGAGCAGCGCUGGGGCUGUCUGGAGGCUUUGGGUCUGAGUCCUAGAGAACUGGUCUUGGCUGAGGCCCUCCAGAUGGAGUACGAUGCCCUUUCUCGCCACAGACAGGACAAGGAACCGACCGGGAGAGACGAGUCUGGCAGCGUCAAGACCCUGCCGCCAAGGAACGCACGCUCUAGACCCCUGCCCAGCCCUCCUCGGUCAAAUUUGCGCCAGACGCUAUCUGGGUCGGAUCCGCUUCUGAACCUCAUCCAGCCAGGAGUCUCGAAUCCGUCCAGAUCGAAUGUGGACGGCUACAGCAAGGAACCUCUGUACAUUCUGGACGACCCGGGAAAGAAUGACUAUGAGGGGAUGUCUGGAAUGCCUUCGAAGGGGCUGCCACCUCCGGAUGAACCUCCACCAGCCAUACCGCCCAGGAACCCCAUCCCUCAGCCUGACUUAUUCAUGCCCUCUAGGAGCUCUGCUCCCAGAGACGUUAACCUGUUCACCCCUGAGGUGGACCAGCCCAAGCUUCCCUCUGGAGAAACCUUGAACUAUGACAACCUGAAUGACUCACUGAUGAGGCUCAAUGGGGACUGUCUGUCGCCUAGAGUACGGCGGUUUAGUGAAGAAUCCGGGAAGCCAGUGGCUCGCAGCAAGACCCUACCCCCUCAGGUACCGCCUCGCACCUACCUGCCUGGGCAGAGGAGUAGCACAAGCAACCGCAGGGCGUCAAUUGAUCCGGUGUCACUUGGUUCCAGGCUGAAUGGAUUCGGAUAUGAACUGUUCCAGGUUUCUGAGGAGCGUGAUGAGGAGGUUGCUGCCUUCUGCCAUAUGCUGGAUGUGUUACGCUCGGCCUACCCGUGCUCUGACCGCUCCAAGAACGCCGGAUUCGUGUGGAGCCCGAGCGUGGCGCAGGAGGAGCUGCAGCAGGUACUUGGGGUCGGCAUUAAGGUGACCGUCAUCAGCGAACACUUCCGAGAACCUCUUACCUUCACCUGUGAUGGCUCGUCCACCAUCGACCUGCUGAUCUACCAGACCCUGUGCUACGCCCACGACGACCUGGAUCUGAUCGACGUCGACGACUACGCGUUGAAAGUGUGCGGCCAGGCUGAAUACCUCAACAAUUCUCAGACGCUGGCUGGACUGGAGUAUAUCCAGCAGUGUCUAAAGUUUGACCGGGACGUCCGGCUUUUCCUCACCAAGAGAAGCUCCAUUAACAUGGAACUGGCUCGGACGGAGGAGGAUGACGAGAGGCCGUCCACCCUGAACCACAACAUCCUGCUGCAGGAGAGGCCCAUCAAGCAAACCGUCACCAGGGAGGCGCUUACUCUGCUACUGGACACCUUUCAUAACGAGGCUGAGUCUUUCGUUUCAUCAGAGGCCGAGUUGCCUUUGCACGUGGAGCGACUGGUACAGUCGGUGAAGGCUCUGUGCAGCACCCUGGCCGCUGUGGAAACCCCAGACGUCUCCUCAGCCCUCAACCAGUUGCCCGCCUGCCCGUGCAGACCACAGCCCAAAGUACAGAAGGAUGCGAGUGUGCUGGUGGUGAAGAGAGAAAAUCGAGAGAAAAUAGUCGAGAAGUUGACGGCCGCCAUCUUGGAUCUGGUGGAGCUCUACUGCAGCACCUUCAACGCCAAUUUUCACACGGCGCCGCCCAGCAGCCGGCCCACGGCGCCCAUCCAGGAGGCCGGCAUGGUCAACAGCUUGCUGGCCUUUAACGUCUACGCCGCCCAUCGCAUUCCCAUCACCUGGGCCGCCAGCUAUGAAGGGUUCUUCCUGUCCUGCUCGCUCACCCACGGGGGCGACGAACUGUGUGCCCCUCAACACACCAGCAAACAGUCGGUCAGCAAAUACCUCUUCCAUCUGGUGCUUUGGGACCAAAGGAUCUGCUUCCCGGUACAGAUCAACCAGCUUCCGCGGGAGUCGCAGCUGACCGUGACUCUGUAUGCCACCCCAUUACCGCCGCCUGGAGGAGCGGAGGAGAAGAGCAAGCAGAAGACUCGCAACAUGGAAGCUCUAGGCUGGGUCACCAUGCCUCUGUUUAACUUUCGACACGUUCUAACGUGUGGCAGGAAGCUGUUAGGUCUGUGGCCUUCAACGCCAGGAAGUGGAAACGCUCGCUCCAGCACUCCAAACUUCAGCCAGCCGGACAGCGUCAUCCUGCAGGUGGAUUUCCCCGCCUCCUCGUUCGAGGUGCGUUUCAGCACUCCUCCGGCUUCCGAGUUCAGCCCCCAGUACGAGUUCUCCCGGCUUGACCAGGGCAGCCAGAAACAGCUUCAGGAAGUCCUGCAUAAGAAGUCCCUCUUCUGGUUAACUUCAGAGGAUCGGCGUCUGCUGUGGGAAAAACGGUGCUUUUGCCACGCCGACGGCAGCCGUCUACCCAUGAUCCUAGCCAGCGCACCCAGCUGGGAGUGGACGUGCCUGCCGGACAUCUAUGCCCUUCUGCGCCAAUGGACGUGUACCGACCACCUGGACGCUCUGGGCCUGCUGCAUGCCACGUUCCCCGAUCAGGAGUGCAGGCGAACAGCCGUUCAGUGGAUGGACACCAUCUCUGACCCUGAGCUUCUGGACUUUCUUCCACAGCUGGUGCAGGCACUGAAGUAUGAGUGUUACCUAGACAGCCCUCUGGUGCGCUUCCUGCUGCGGAGAGCUAUCGGAGACAUACGCGUCGCUCACUGCCUCUUCUGGUUGCUGAAGGACAACCUCCAGGACUCGCAGUUCAGCAUGCGUUAUCAGCAUCUUCUGGCCGCUCUGCUCUGCUGCUCAGGUCAAGGCCUCCGGGAGGAGUUCGACCGCCAGUGCUGGCUGAUCAACGUCCUGGCUAAAGUGGCGCAGCGCGUCCGAGACACCUCGCCGUCAUCGAGACAGACCGUUCUGAGAGAGGGACUGGACGAUGUCAAGCAGUUCUUCACUAUCAACAGCAGCUGCCGUCUUCCCCUGAACCCUGGCCUACAAGUCAAGGGCAUCAACAUAAAGUCCUGCUCCUACUUCAAUUCCAACGCCGUGCCCCUCAAGCUCACCUUCCAGAACAUGGAUCUCCAGGGAGACCACAUCAACGUCAUAUUCAAGUCAGGAGACGACCUGCGGCAGGACAUGCUCACUCUGCAGAUCAUCCGCAUCAUGAACAAGAUCUGGAUCCAGGAGGGACUCGACAUGAGGAUGGUUAUCUUCCGAUGCUUCUCAACCGGCCGCAGCCGAGGCAUGGUGGAGAUGAUCCCCAACGCUGAGACGUUGAGGAAGAUCCAGGUGGAGCACGGGGUCACCGGUUCCUUCAAAGACCGCCCCCUGGCAGACUGGCUUCAGAAACACAACCCUACCGAGGAUGAAUAUGAGAAAGCUGUAGAGAACUUCAUCUACUCCUGUGCCGGCUGCUGUGUGGCCACGUACAUCCUGGGCAUCUGUGACCGGCACAAUGACAACAUCAUGCUGAAGACCAGCGGACACAUGUUCCACAUCGACUUUGGCAAGUUCCUGGGCCACGCGCAGAUGUUUGGCAACAUUAAACGGGACCGAGCUCCGUUUGUUUUCACGUCUGACAUGGCGUACGUCAUUAACGGAGGGGACAAGCCAUCGAGUCGCUUCCACGACUUUGUGGACCUGUGCUGCGAGGCCUACAACCUCAUCAGGAAACACGCGCACCUGUUCCUCGACCUGCUCGGCCUGAUGCUGUCCUGUGGAAUUCCUGAGCUGUCUGAUCUGGACGAUCUGAAGUAUGUCUACGACGCCCUGCGACCGCAUGAAUCCGAAGCGGACGCCACCAUGUACUUCACCAGGUUGAUCGAGUCCAGUCUGGGCAGCGUAGCCACCAAACUCAACUUCUUCAUCCACAACCUGGCCCAGAUGAAGUUCGCCUCAUCCGAAGAGAGGCCGGCUUUGUCCUUUGCCCCGCGAGUCUACACGCUGAAAAGCGACGGGCUCAUUCACAGCCUGUUUGUGUGCCGGCACGUCAAAACCUACAGCUCCAACAAGGGUUACAUGUAUGUGGUGAAAGUGGAGCGUGAGAACCAGCAGGGGGCGACAUUGGUCCAAAGAAGCUUUGAGGAGUUUCAAGAGCUUCACAGCAGGCUGCGCCUCAUCUUCCCUUCGUCCAAACUACCCAGUUUCCCCAGUCGCUUCGUGUUCGGACGCUCUCGCGGAGAAGCCAUGGCGGACCGGAGGAAAGACGAGCUGAACGCGUAUGUGUGGCAUCUGGUCCACGUAGCCCCCGAGGUGGCUCAGUGUGACCUGGUCUACACCUUCUUUCACCCCUUACCCAGAGACGAGCGGCCAAUAGGAACGGCCGUUAAUACCCUGAGUAACAAACCAGCGGCUCUUGCAGAGGGCUCGUGGGCGCCGGUCCCUGGCAAACUGGUGGGAGAAGUGAAGCUCUCCAUUUCCUACAAGAACAACAAGCUCUUCAUCAUGGUGAUGCACAUACGAGGACUGCAACCCUUGCAGGACGGCACGGACCCCGAUCCGUACGUCAAACUGUACCUGCUACCCGACCCUCAGAAAAUGAGCAAGAGGAAGACGAAGGCGGCUCGUCGCACGUGCAACCCCACGUAUAACGAGAUGCUGGUGUAUAGCGGGAUACCACGCGGCGACCUGGACCAGAGAUCGAUCCACCUCCGAGUGCUGGGCGAGGGCGCCUUCUGGGAGAACACGCUGCUGGGCGAGACCAUCAUCCCCUUGAAGAACGUCACGCCCGGCCAGCACUGGGUGGACUGGCAUCAGCUGAGCAUGGGCAGCUCCGACGCCAGCCGCUAGCUCACACGCCCGUCUGUGACACAUCGGGAUAUCCGGCAGAUCGGUAACCGAUCGGUGCGUCCUGUCGAUGAACUACAUGAAGGGGAAUUGAAAAACGAAGGAACCUUUUGAGUUCGAGUGUUUGUGUUUUGAGUCGGCGCUCAGAUGGAGUUAUUUUUCCCCCAGUGGGGGCAUGUCGCCCGGUCUCCCGUCCUAGAGAAACAUAGACUGUUAGACUGUAGGUUCUUGUAGAAUUUUUGCAUUCUGCACGGACCGUCGCUAUGGGACAAGGCUAUAAAGGACACCGUGAGGGACGAUUUGGCUUUCGAGGGAGGCGCAUGUCUUCCAGGAGGAUUUUUGUUUAUUUUUUUUUUGUUUUGCCAAUUGCACAGCCUCAGAAUUUCUUGUCGAGAGACGAAGUGUUAAGUUAUUUCUUGUGAAGAUGUUCGUUUAUGUGGCUCGAUUCUGAGCUAGCUUUCGUUGUGACGUUUUGUUACGUCUCUGUGAUUAUAUAAUUAGCAAGUGAAGUUUAUUUACGCAGCACUGUAACAGGAAACGUUUUAUAUUCGCAAACGAAUUGCAUUGCGAACUUGUAUGUCCACUCGAUAUAGUUACCUUUUUUUAUAUUAAAAUUAGCCCAGGGAUUUAAAUACGCAGUGAUGGGACGUGUCCUGUUUUUCGCCCAAAUCCGACCAUGCAAAGGGGAGUUGGAACACUCCCAUUGACCUGGAACAUUCACAUUGACUUAAAAUACCGUAAUACACUGUAUAUGUAGGAACUACGAAUAAUUAAACUGCUUCCAUUGAUUUAAUGGCAUGCUAGGUCUGAGCGAUAAUAAACUCCUGUCAUAAACUCCUGCACUACAAAAUAGCCGAAGUGAAUCUCUUUUUAACCAUAUGCAUAUUUAUUUAGGACUUUUCUCCACCCAAGGUCAAUUGUUCAAUAUUGUUAUCCAAUUAAAACACAACAUAAAUGCAAAAAAAAAGCCCCCUUAAAACAUUAUCAUAUCAGAAUAGUUCUACAGAUCCAUACAUCCCAAUUAAAGAAAGAAUGGCAACAAUUCCGCAGGGUCAGUAGCACCGUGAAAACCUGGCUGUCCAGCUCAGGACGUCCUGCCCAGCCAAGGUUGCAAUGCAGCUUAGUGUACUGUGUGCCAAUUACCUGAGACAAAUGCCAGCUGGAUCAGACAGCUGAAGAAUUCACUGCUCGCGCUUGGAACUUAGUUCUAACUAGAGUGCAGGAGUCAAAAUCUGACUAGCAGUCACUGUGAAUUGGUUGCCAUGCCAACAAUUUGUAACAUAUUAAUGACUUCACAUUGACCUCAAAUACCGUAGUAGACUGUAUAUGUAGGAAAUACAAAAAAUGUAACUGCUUUUAUUGAUUGGCAAAGAAUGGCAACAAUUCCGCAGGGUCAGAAGCACCAUGAAAACCUGGCUGUCCAGCUCCAGAAUUCACUGCUCGCGCUUGGAACUUAGUUGCAGACAAGUAAAAAUCGGACUCAUCAGUCAAGUGUAAAAUUUUGGUCAUCCUGCCAGCAAUUAAUAACAUAUUUUAUUAGUGUAUCUGUCAGCCCUGCACCUUUCGACCAAUCAGAGUCAACAUUUCAGGAACUUUAUGGACCAUUAGACAUGCAGUUUACGUUUAAUAUAUCGCCUAGUCCUAUAGCACGCAAUUUCAGAAAUGAUUUAUUCACAGGUGCUUCACCAGCCUCCACUAAAAUGAAACUUGAAAGGACUUCGCUUCUUUUUUAACGAAUUAUUUAAUUAUAAUUUUCCAGUGAGAAUCUGUAGGUAAAUAGGAAUCAUGCGCAUGCUGUGAAAUAUUGCACUUUGGGCCGUAUUCGCCGUCGAGAACUUGCGUGCUGACAUUUCUGGUGACCUUUUAAUCAAUCUCUAUUUAUUUUCCACACAAAGGGAAGCAAAGAUAAGCCUUAAUCUCGUUCACGCUCGUUCCUUUUCUAAUGAAAUGGUUUGAAUCGGGACAUUUAGACAUGGAGAACUAUUAUGUUCUGUGUUUAUUUUACUCCAUCUGUCGGUUUCCGGAAGUGGUUGCAUGCAAAUGCUGAAUAUUUGACUAUGGCUUUUGUUUAGUUCCAUUGUCAACUCAGAGUUUCACUUCUCUGCAGUCACGUGCACACUACACGCUUCCGUAGACUGAGGUGUUGAUUUAUUGGGAGGCCAGAAAUGGGAAUCAGUGCAGAAAUCAAAUGGGUGUCCAAAGUAAUUAGGAAAACAGGACACAUUCAGAUCUUUAAGACAGACUGGAUACAAUAAAGGGUUGAAAACACUUUGACGCCCAGGUUCGAGUCUCAGUGGUGGCACCAAUCUGGCAGGGUGUUCGUUUGGUAGGGUCCUAGGGAGAAACAGUCGGAUGGGGAAUUAGCAUGGUACGAGUGUUAGAGGAAUACAGAGUACAUAGUGUGAUCUUCUGUAAGCUUUUUGGUUCACCCUUACCUAGCUAGAGUUGGAUGUACCCAAAUUGGGACAAUGCACUGUACCCCGUUUAGAAAAAAAUGCCCCGAUUUGAAUACAUAUCUAUAUCUUCUUUAUGCAUUUUCUCCCUUUUAGCGCGUCCAAUUGCCCGAUUGCGUCAUGCUUCCUCUCCACCAAUGCCGAUCCCUGCUCUGACUGAGGAGAACGAAGCUAACCCAUGCCCCCUCCGACACGUGGGCAGCAUGCCGUAUGCAUCUUGUCACCUACACUCUGACGAGUGCAGUGCAGCUCGGCGUUGUGUACGGAGAGACACACCCUGAGAGCACGCCAUCAAUCAGCCAGCAGAGGUCGUACUUGCACCAGUCAUGGGAGAGAGACCCCAUCCGGCUUAGUCCCGCCCAUAUCUGAACAACAGGCCAAUCGUUGUUCAUGUGGCCGCUCAGCCUUAGGCGGCAGGCAGAGCUGAGAUUCGAUACGAUGUGUUCUUGGUUCCAGCGUGUGUUUUUACCGCUGCGCUACCUGAGCGGCCCCAAUUUGAAUAUUCUCAAUGAGUAGGAGUGUACUAGCCAAGGCCCAGCAGGGUAGCUUGCAGGCAAAGUGUAUUCAAAUUAGGACCAAAGGAAGGAAAACCCAAAAUUCACAUGAAGGUUCCAGAGUCAACAGCCAAAGGAAAGUCGUGUACUGGCAUGAUCAGGACGUUUUAUAACACUGUCAACCCUAAUUGUCUUCUUUUAGUUUCAAUAAAUGACUGAAAUGUUGACAGAUUACUGGAUACAGGAUUUGCUCUGAUUGCUAUCGCCUCGUACAAAACCCCACCUUAAUAAACUUAUAAAGGCUGCGGCCUGAGAAACGAAAGUAAAAGAAUGUACGUUCAUAAUGAACAGGCAUCCUGUUGUACACAAUGAAAAUAAAAUGUGUGUGAUUUACAGUUCUGUGCCACUGUUUUGAUUAUGAUUAUUAUUAUGUCAUAGUUGUGUUCUGUCGGACCAUGUUUUAAUAUCAUUUGCACUAAAUAAAAGUGGAAAAUGA